AUGGUUGCGCCUAGGGACACGGCUUUUGCCGAAGAAAGUGCUGAAGUGGAGGUGCUGUACGCCAACCUUGAGAAGCUCAAGCGCCUCACAAAGAAGAUCCAAGGGUCGCUCGUACGCCUCGAAACGGGCGGAAAUGUCGUCAAGCAUGCAAUCGGACCUAUAUAUAGCAACACACAAUCGCUUCAGAUAACGAAUAAUAACAUCGACCGGGUUAUUGAAGCCAUCGAACGCCUCCGGCAGCCACUGGAUGCGAAGAAUCGAGAAGAAGGGGUCAUUCGGGCUGGGCCGCAGCCGAACAACUUGCCGCAGUAUCUGGCGGCAAUGAGAGGUGUGAACGAUGCGUUGAUGGACCUCACCUCCACGAAUUUGAAAUCAAAUCAGAAGGCUAUCAGCGAGUUCACGUCUCUAUUGGGUAUUGGCAACUCCAAGUUACAAGAUCUGCUGCGACUGAAACUGGGCGAGCAUGUCAGCCCGAUUGAGCCGCUGCACUAUUUGACCAAGGACCUUCCAUUCCCAACGAUCCCGGAAGACAGGAUUGCGGAAAUUGCACCUAUCUGUGCAGCGAUAAAUUCGGCAGCAGUACAUGUCCCGCAUCGUGGCGAAGGUGGCAGCCCUGCCCUUAAGAUCUACGCUGAUGUUAGAGGCCCGUAUAUUAGCACGAGCGCGCAAAACCUGGCCAUCGCAUCUCUCAAUACUCUGAAGCGAAGAGUAGAUGACGAGUCGCCAUAUAAGCAAGGUACUAAUGGUAUCGGAACCUACUCCGAUGCCUUGGAGAACUUCAUAUACGCCGAAUGGGAGGCCAUUAAGCGAAUUUUUACGGGAGACCAUCGGGGACUGGCUUUGCAAAUGACGUGCCGCUCUGCGAUCGCGGAAUAUUCAAAAACUAUACGGGAACUAAACGAUUAUAUUCGUACGAACCUCCUCACCGACUGCUUUUUAGCUUUCGAGAUCAUCGACAUCGUCACAGCCAAGUCUUACGAUAUAGAGUUAAAGACGGGCGAACUCAAGAGUUUGUUCCUGGAGGCAUUGAGGCCUGUCCGGGAGACCGCCAAAUAUUCUCUGGCGGAGCUUUUGGAAGAGACAAAACGUAGGGCACAGGCUAUUCCCAUGCUUCCACCAAAUGGCGCUCCCACCCCUCUUGUCGAUAAGGUUAUGCGCUCCCUUAUCGAGCUUACAGGGUACCAGAAGCCUCUGGCUUCUAUCUUAACUUCGCUAGGAGACGGAAAUUGGCGUUCAACCUCAGCAUCAUCAAUGAAUACUCCUUUGGAUGUCAAUCCAGACAGUGAUGUGCUGUUUUCACAUUUCAUUCUCGAUGUGAUAGAAACGCUGCUGAUUGCUUUGGAGGCUCGGGCUCGCCAAUUGCACCGGACAAAAGCUGCUCAGGGUGUCUUUCUUUCAAACGUCUUCUGCCUUGUGGACCGCGCUAUACGCUCAAGCCCAGAACUUGCAAGAUUCCUCGGUUCUCCAGAUAGCGUUUCUAGGAUCGACACGUUCCGCAAGCGCGCAACGUCAACAUACCUGGAUGCUUGGAAGGAGACGUCGCAUUACCUGCUCGACGUCCAGUACACGUCUCACACUAGGGGUGGCAGUCGACCUCAAUCGGGUGGCGCUGUCGAUUCUAGCGCGAUUGUCAAGUCGUUGUCAUCCCGUGACAAGGACGCAAUUAAGGACAAGUUCAAAGCCUUCAAUGCAAGCUUCGACGACCUCGUGGCGCGUCACAAGUCUUUUUAUAUGGAGCGGGAAGUACGGAGUGUGCUCGCUCGCGAGGUGCAAGCGGUGCUCGAGCCGCUAUAUGCACGGUUCUAUGAUCGGUAUCACGAACUCGAUAAAGGCCGUGGCAAAUAUACGAAGUAUGACAAGGGCAGUCUAUCUGCGCAGCUUGCAUCGUUGCAAUGA